ACGUAAACAUUGAAAAUCAUUUAGUAAUGCUAAAUGUUUAAAUAAUAUAGGCACCUUUCAAAGAUGAAGUGUAUGUUUCUUAUCCUGCGUACUUUGCAUAGUAUAAUAUUUCUAAAGUCUGUUACGUGCAUUGUGUUUUUUCAUGUUGCAAGAACAAAUUUAUCAACCGCAAAUUGUUGCGGUGGGUGCAUGGACGGAGUGUUUCGAGAAAACCCGGCUGAAAUGUUCUUAAACUGUCAACAGCAGAAGGGACGAGCAUAACUUGCAGUUACAGGAAUUUAUUGACUUUUUGGCGGGGGGACUUCUGGCUUAGGAGGGUGAAUAUACCACGAAAAAAAAAAAAAGAUCACACAAUGCCUUUACUGUACAACAAUAGUCGAGGCGUUUCUGUUUCAGGGGACGUUAUUUAGGCUAACACAGGAAGUAAACGUGGACUGUUUACUAGUGGAGAGGAGAUGCUAUGCACCUUCAGUGGUUUGUACAAAUAAUUAUUCUGAAAAGUUCGUUUUUGGAUUAAGGAAGGUACCAAUGGCAUGUCGCCCUUAAAGCAACAGUACACCGUCCUCAGGUGACUGACCGCUCACAGAUGAAUCUUUUACUUUUUGGACGCUGGGUUUUCUGUUAUUUCUCUAUUAGUUUGACGGAUGUGGAGUGGAAAAUACCUGAGGAACCCGCUCACCCAGUCCCUGUUGAUUAAAAUGGUCUGCGAAUCAGGAACACAGCAAGAAGCCCAUGAGUGGUAUGGGUGUCGCACAGAGAUCCUGGGUGAGUCUGUACGGCCGGCCUUCAUCCAGAGUUACUUAGACACGGAGACACAGGCCUUCCUGAACAGAAGCGCAGAGAAGUCCGGCUGCCUUGUCACUCAGCUCUAUCACUCUUUUGUUUCAACCCUCUUCAGCCCCUUUAUGUCCAGAACCUCAAUAAAUGGGUACCUGGGAAGAGGUUCUAUGUUUGUGUUCUCCCCAGAGCAGUUCCGCCAGCUGAUGAAUAUCUCCCAAGACUGGAAGAGUAAGCGGCUGCUGGACCUGGGAGCCGGAGAUGGGGAGGUUACCAAGGUCAUGAGCCCACACUUUGAAGAGAUCUACACCACUGAGGUGUCAGCCACCAUGAAAUGGCAGCUUGAAAAGAAACAGUACAGGCUGCUUGGUAUAGAUGAGUGGCAGGACACAGGCUUUCAGUACGAUGUGAUCAGCUGUCUCAACCUGCUGGACCGCUGCGAUCAGCCAGUGAAACUGCUGAAAGACAUCCGCAGAUCCCUGGAGCCCUCCAAAGGCAGGCUGGUCCUGGCUGCAGUGCUGCCCUUCCACCCCUACGUGGAAAUCGGUGGGAAGUGGGAGCAGCCCUCGGAAUUCCUGGUGGUUCAGGGGAAGACAUGGGAGGAGCAGGUGACCAGCAUGGCCAAUGGCGUGUUUAAGGAGGCGGGAUUUGCCGUGGAGGCCUUCACCAGAUUGCCGUACCUGUGUGAGGGGGACAUGUACAGUGAUUACUACCACCUGGACGACGCUGUCUUUGUGCUGCGGCCCGAGGAGUAAAACCGAACCCUUCUUUUAAUUCCAGCCCACCAGGCCUCCGAAAGACAGCACAAGUAUACCUAGAGAUUCUGUCUAAAGCUUUAGAGUGACUCGAUUGAUCCUCCUGCUUCAGUUACAGAUUGGAGUUUAUUCACAGUGACCCCCUACUUAAAUGUCUAUCAAUCUGCCCUUUUCCUUCCAAGCAAAGUUAAUGUGUUUGGUUUUCCUACCCUUUGUCCAUGGUGGGUCAUAGUUUAAAACUUAAUAAGGCAAUACACGAUAAACAUCUUCAUGUUAAGUCCUACUUGCAGUAGUCAGACAAGCAACUUCUACCUCCUAUGACCAUUUUUAAAGUGUGCCAUUGCUAGAAAGGGAGGUGGCAAGCCAAAGAAAGGUUUACCGGUAGUUUUGACUCAAGUUUAAGAAACCUUUUCCCCACUUCUCAUUGACGGUCUGAUUUGUGGUACCUUACAAUACUGUAAAAAAAGAGCUAAUGGUAACAGUCAGUCCAGAGAGUCUUGUUGAAGUCCUGUGCUCCUUUUUUUAAAUGUAUUUUGGAAUUGAAUGUAAUGCUUGGGAUAGGUGCUGAAUAGAUGACACUAAAUUUGCAUGUGAUGCUUGCAGACAUUAAACUAAACAAAUUGCUCCUCUUUUGCAUUAAGGUAAGUUUCAGUGGAGUACAAUAUAGAGUGUAAUUUGUGGAGAUUAAAAAAAUAUAUAUAUAUCAGUGUGUUUGCAAAAUCUAUAUGUAUUAUUUAUGUUACUGUGACGUUCCAACACUAAGAAACCUCCAGAAAUAAUACAAUCAUCGUACUUUAAAAUAUAGAAUGUAUUAAACUUUAAACUUAAGUUUAGAUAAUCAAGGUAAAAUUGGGUAUUUUUUUUGAAUACAUAUAAAUCAUUAAAUUGUACUUGACACCUGUAUUAUAUUUAACCAUGAUUUAAAAUAAACAAGAACGUGAAUGUUAGUACAGUGAUAACCACUUACUGUAAUCAAAUGUAAUUCUCAUUUCUGUUGAACCGAUACAAUUAAAGUAAUCGCUUUAUUUGAUUAAAUCCAUGUGUACAAUCAGUCUUCCAUUAUGAGGGUUUCACUGUAAUAGGGAUUUGUAUUGUCGUUUUACUCUGUGCCAGCCGCGUAUUGUACAGUAUGUUACUACUGGACCUGGUGCUACCCAGAUAUAUAUUGCAUUAUUAUUUGCAGAAGUUUAAGCUCAAUUUUUAUGUAUUUUAAUCUUUUAAACUUUCUGGAUCUACAAUGAGUGUCAAUAAAUGUUUUCUGAUCAUG